GCGACUUGGCAACCCUGUUGAGCGGCACACGUGCGAUUUUGUUUUAGUUUGCUCGUGUAAAAAUGAAGUUGGCUCCGAAAAAAGUAAAGACCCUGGGCAAAUCCAAGCCCGGGUUAAGCAAAAAGAAGCCCGUUAAGGAUGCCCUGAAGAAGACGAAAGCCAAGAAGGCGGAAUCCGCCUCGGAGUCAAAGGUUAUCACAAAGAAAUCAAAGCCAAAAGGCACUGUGGCGGUGAAAAAUGGGAAGUCAGCUAAGAAGGGAGCCAAGAAAUCACACAAGGAGGAGCUGGAAGGACUAAAGGAUAUUGAUCCGGAGUUCUACGAUUUCCUCAAGAAGAAUGACAAGAAGCUGCUGGACUUUAAUCUUUUGGACAGCGACGAUGAUGAUGACGAAGAGGAGCAGGAGCAGGACAAGACCAAGAAGGCGGCUGAAGAAAGUGAAGACGAUGAGGAUGACGAAGAGAAGUACCAUAAGCCCAGCGAGGAUUUGGCUGUGGCUAGCGAUGAGAGUGACUUCGAGGAAGAAGAUGAGGAUGAGGCCGCAUCUGGAGCCACACAGAAGAUCACCCUUAACCUGUUGCACCAGUGGGAACAGCAAUUGGGCCAGGCCAACGUCUCCAUCGACAUUGUGCGCAAGGUGAUCCAGGCCUUCAAUUCAGCCCUGGCCAGCAUUUCGGCCGACGGAGCUGACGGCGGCGAAAACCAGCCCAAUGCAGCCGCAUUUAAGGUCGUCGGAGCAGCAGCCUUCAACGGAGUCAUCCAGCUCUGCGUGAUCCACCUGCAGCCCGCCAUUAUCAAAUUGCUAGGCGUUAAGCCCAACAGCAGCCUACCGCUGCACAAGCACAAAAAGUGGGUCAAGGUGCGCGGCUGUCUGCGCUACUACCUCACAGAUCUUAUUCGCUUGGUGGAGCAAGUUUCGAGUCCCAAUAUUCUGGGAGUGCUGCUCAAGCACCUGCAUCAAAUGGCCGGCAUGGUGGUGCCCUUUUCGGCCCUAGGAAAGACCAUUUUGAAGCGAUUAGUUGUGCUCUGGGCCACUGGUGAUGAAACCGUUCGAGUGCUGGCCUUCCUCUGCAUCCUGAAGAUAACCAGGAAACAACAGGCCACCAUGCUUAACCACGUUCUGAAAGCCAUGUACCUAGCCUAUGUGCGGAAUUCCAAGUUCGUGUCCCCAAACACCCUGCCCGGGAUCAACUUCAUGCGCCGGUCGCUAGUUGAGAUGUUCGCCCUGGAUCUAAAUGUCACCUAUCAACAUGCCUUCCUCUACAUCCGUCAGUUGGCCAUCCACCUGCGAAACGCAGUGAUCCUUAAAAAGAAGGACAGCUUCCAAGCAGUGUACAACUGGCAAUUCAUUAACUCCCUGCGCCUGUGGGCGGAUCUCCUGGGAGCAAGUGCAAACAAUCCGCAGUUGCAGCCUCUGGUUUAUCCACUUGUUACUAUUGCCACUGGCGUGAUCCGAUUGAUACCCACCGCUCAGUACUUCCCACUGCGAUUCCACUGUCUGCAGACGCUUAUUUCACUAUCGAAGGAGACCAAUACAUAUGUACCAGUGCUGCCGCUUAUUGUGGAGGUCUUAAAGAGCAACACCUUUAAUCGUAAGCAUUCGGCGGUGUCCAUGAAGCCACUGCAGUUUACUUGCAUCUUGAGGCUUAACAAAGGACAGCUGGCGGAGAAUGGAUUCCGGGAUGAGGUGAUCGAGCAAGUGUGCGGUCUUCUGUUGGAAUAUCUCGCUCACGAAUCUGCCUCGCUGGCCUUUAGCGAUUUAGUGGUGCCCACUGUGAUGGCUAUUAAAGCGUACCUAAAGGAUUGCCGGAAUGCGAAUUACACUCGCAAGCUGAAGCAACUGCUGGAGAAGAUCCAGGAGAGCGGCCGUUUUAUAGAGCAGCAGCGCGGUAAGAGCAGCGUUAACUUUGACAUAAAGGAUGCCCAAGCUGUGGCCGCCUGGGAGCAGCAGCUCCGCCUGAAGCGUACGCCCCUGGACAUUUACUACGCCAGCUGGCUGAAGACGCACGAGAUCAAGAAGCGACGACAGGCGGCGCAGACGGAUGAAAUUAACGCAGACUAUGAUGUGCCCAAGCUGAAGAAGCUGCCACCUAAAUCGGGAGUGCCUGUGAGGAAUGAGAACGGUGAGGUCGAGCUCUUCCCAUCGGACUCGGAAGAUGAAGACGAUGAUGGCCUGCACUUAGGAUCAGACGAUGAGGACGACGAAGAGGCGGAGGAGGAAGUGGAGGUUGAGGUGGAGCCACCAAAAGCUAAGAAGGCCAAGAAGGAAAAACCCGAAAAGUUGAAACCCCAGCCAGCAGCAGUAGAAGAUGAUUAUGAUGAGGCUGGUGGAGCCGUGGAUAUAGUUAAGGACUUGGAUUUGAACGAUUGGUAGAACAUUUAAGAUCAAUUUAACUA